AUGGCCAGUGUAGUUGGUAUUGAUCUCGGUAACCUUAACUCCAAAAUUGGUGUUGCUCGUCAUAGAGGUAUUGAUAUCAUUGUGAAUGAAGUAUCCAACAGAGCUACUCCUUCUCUCGUCUCUUUCACUCCUCGACAAAGACAUAUUGGUGAGCCCGCCAAAACUGCUGAAACCUCAAAUUUCAAGAACACUGUUGGAUCCCUCAAGAGAUUGAUCGGACGAUCCCUCAAUGACCCCGAGAUUGACGAGUACGAGAAGAAGUUUAUCAACGCCCAAUUGGCCGAUGUCAACGGUUCCGUUGGUGUAAAAGUCAACUACCUUGGUGAACCCACCGAAUUCUCAUUCACCCAAUUAGUCGCUGCUUAUCUCGGUAAACUUCGAGACAACGCUGCCACCGAAUUGAAACAAGCUGUAUCAGAUGUUGUUAUCGCCGUUCCAGGAUGGUACACCGAUGUUCAAAGACGGGCUAUGCUUGACGCUGCCAACAUCGCUGGUCUCAACCCUCUCAGACUUAUCAACGACACCACCGCCGUCGCUCUUGGUUACGGUAUCACCAAAGCUGAUUUACCUGAAUCAGCCGAUGAACCAAGACAUGUCGUUUUCGUUGAUGUCGGUCACUCCAACUAUUCCGUCUCUGUAGUAGCUUUCUCAAAAGGUCAAUUAACGGUCAAAUCAACUGCUUACGACAGACAUUUCGGUGGAAGAGAUUUCGAUUAUGCUUUGGUUCAACAUUUCGCUAAAGAAUUCGAUGCUAAAUACAAGAUUGAUGUUCUCUCUUCACCUAAAGCAGUCUUCAGACUUACAACCGGAUGUGAAAGACUCAAGAAAGUACUCUCAGCAAACGCUGAAGCUCCUAUCAAUGUCGAAUCCUUGAUGAACGAUGUAGACGCUUCUUCAUCUCUUAAACGAGAAGAAUUCGAGAAACUCACCGAUCACCUCUUGACUCGAGUCGCCAACCCUCUUGCGGAAGCUCUUGAAAAAGCCGGUUUGACGACAGACCAAGUAGAUGCUGUCGAACUCGUUGGUGGAUCAACUCGAGUUCCAGCAAUCAAAGAACGAAUUCAAGCUUUCUUCCCUGGAAAAACCCUUUCUACCACUCUUAACCAAGAUGAAGCCAUCGCCCGUGGUGCCACUUUCGCUUGUGCUUCCCUUUCACCUGUAUUUAGAGUAAGAGAAUUCGCUGUGCACGAUGUCGCAUCUUACCCUAUCAAAGUUCAAUGGGAAAAAGAAGCCGGUAACCCAGAUGAAGACACAGAAUUAACUGUUUUCCCUCAAAACAACCCUAUCCCAUCUACCAAGAUCCUCACUUUCUACAGACAAGGUCCAUUCGAACUUGAAGCCCAAUACGCCGAACCCGCCUCUCUCCCUAAAGGAACCAACCCUUGGUUAGGUAAAUUCACCGUCAAGAGCGUCGAGAAACCCGCUUCAGGUGAUUUAGCUUGCGUCAAGGUUAAAGCCAGACUCAACUUGCACGGUAUCGUUAACUUCGAAGGUGCCUACAUUGUUGAGGAAGUCGAGAAAGAAGAGGUCGUGACCACCGGUGAAGGUGAUGAGAAGAAAGAAGAGAAGAAAAUGGUAAAGAAGAUCCAACGAAAAGGAGAUUGUCCCGUUGUUGGUCAAUACACUGGUCUCGUGAAGAAUGUCGUUGAUGAGUUGACUGAGAAAGAAGGACAAAUGCAUUCCGAGGACAAAUUAGUCAUGGAGACUGAGGACCGAAAGAACGCUCUUGAAGAAUACGUAUACGAGAUGAGAGGUAAACUCGAAGAUCGAUACGCUGCCUACGUUCAAGCAUCCGAGAAAUCCGAUCUCUUGACCGGUCUCUCUGAAGCUGAAGAUUGGUUGUACACUGAAGAAGGUGAAGAUGCCACCAAAUCAGCUUACGUCUCAAGACUUGAUGCCUUGAAAGCUAAAGGUGACCCCAUCGUCCUCCGAUGGAAAGAAUCUGAGGAGAGACCUAAAGCUGCUGCUGCCACAAGAGAAUCCCUCAACACUUACUUGAACGCUGCUCAAAGUGGUGAUGAGAAAUACAGCCAUAUCGACCAAGCUGAUCUCCAAAAGAUCAUCGACCAAUGUGCCAACACACUUUCAUGGUUGGAGAACCAACUUGUCCGACAAUCUGAAAAGCCCAAGAAUGUCAACCCAGUGGUCACAUCAUCUGAGAUCACCAAGAGACGUGAUGAGGUCGUUUACACUUGUUCAGCCAUAUUGAACAAACCUAAACCCAGAGCUAAGGUUGAAGUACCCCCUACAACCGAAACACCCAAAAAAGAGGAGAAGGAAGAGAAGAUGGAUGUUGAAGGUGAAGGUGAAGGACCCAAGAUCGAAGAGAUGGAUGUUGAUUAG